UCAACGCCAGCUGUUCCAGUGACUGCCGGUGAUUUUGUAAUUUUAUUAUCGAAACUAGUUGAAGAAAUAAUUAAAAAAUGGAUGAAAUUGAAUACAAAUUGAACACUAACAACAGUGUUUUGAUAGUCAAUGCAAUCGACAAGCUGAUAUCUACUAUUAAAUCGAAAUAUAAGCCAAUAGAAAGACAGCGGUUUGUGAACGAAAAUGAAGAGCUAAAGUUGUUGAGAGAAAAGUGUUCUUCAAAGGAUGCUAAGGUUAGCCUGACGGCGUGUCAGGGUUUGCUGGCGUUGGUGGAACUCGGGGUCUUGGAGAUAGCCCACACUAUGUCCACUGUUGUAACUCUACUGCCCAGCACACACAACUACUCAGCCAUAAUAUCCACAAUGGCUGGUCUAUUGAUUUUGGAUCUGAAGGCUCGCCUGGUACCAGGCCACCAGUACAAAUGUCAGUUCAGUCUGAAGUCUCCGCAACAUCCGUUUAUCACUGUGCUGGAUAAGAACAAGGAUGCCGAGGGUGACAUACUAGCUCAGAUGCAUGCGUUGUGCACACAUCCUGAUUAUACGGUAUCAUCAAAUAGCUUAGAGCUGCUGAGACCAGUGUUCUUCUGGCUGACCUGUCAUCCACAGAGGGAAGGUAGUAUCAGACCCUGGCAACUGUUGCUCAGUCUACCACAGACAACUGCUCAAUCCUCCCUUCUACUUGCCUGUCUUAGUUGCCAACAGAUCUACAACCCGGCUCUAAUAGAAAGUUCGUACGCGGCAUACAGGGCGGUGACAGAAGCAGCAGUGUUCCAGCAACAUACGGAACAUGUCAUGGCGCUACUCCCCAUGCUCGCCAGAGUUUCCUAUCAACUUAUCAAAUUAGAACGAGACCCUCGUUCGUGCUACAACCUGAUAGAGCGGUGCUUUGCCCUCGACGCCCCAGAGCUAAGGACUGUCGCCGGCAUCACGCUCAUGUUGCUGGCUGAGAAUCUCGCUGAUACAUCCGCUUUGUAUCUUCAUGAAUUGUUCAAUUUGUGUAUAAAUAUAAUCAGCAAAUACGAGUAUUCAUCAAUUUCCCUCAACGUGUUUGUGGCUCUCUCACUACAAUGGUUGAAUCUCCCAUCCUACCUCACAGCAUCAGCUCUCAAAGUAGCUUCAAAGAUCCUGGACAUAUACCAGGAUAACUACAAAGACGACACAAGACUUCACACACCGAAUCUCAAAGCCAAUAAAACAUUCCAAUCUCUAUUAUACACAGAUAGCCAUCUUUCAAUUGUCUUCAAAUUGAACCAAAAUUGGGAGCGAAUGAGGGAUAACCCGGACAAAUUGAAGAGCUGGCUCGAUUCCUUAGCCACAGUAAAUAAUGAAAUCAAAUUAGAAUUGUUACCAUUUUUACUGGGAAUGGUUUUAGAGAAACGUAAGGAAGCGUGGUAUGAAGAGGUUGUUGUUAAAGUCAUUAGGAUUGUGGUAAAUCUGGUUGGUUAUAAGAAGGAGAUUUCUGUACAGUUACUGCCGCUGUUAAUGUAUAAGAUAGCUAAUGAUAGAUGUCCUGUCGUGAAGUUGGAGUGUUUAAGAGCUCUGCCUUUGAUGGCGAAGACUAAGGAAAAUGUGCCAACUAUAGUGUCUGUAUUGAAUAAGUUGAAGGCUAAUAAAGGUGUACCGACCUCAUUCCUCAUCAUGUUAUACACCAGCUUAGCAGAAACACAGGUGCGAUGCUUCCCAUACCUACAAGAAAUGCUCGUGGAUCCGGGUGUGGGAAAACAGGAUGACUUGAAGUGGGAGCUUGACAUAGCUAAGGCGAUUGCUGUUGAUAGGAUAUGUGAGAUACGUCCGACAAGCCACGGCCUGGAGUUGGUGUCAGUGAUAUCGUCGCUGCUGAACCGCUGCGGCGACCGCAGCGGCGGCGUCGCCACCAGCACCUGUCUCGCCGCCCUGCGCCGUCUGUGGCGCGCCGCCGCCCUCGCGCCACACUCCACCUGGGCCGCGCUGCAGCCCAAGCUGGCGCGGGACACCAGGCCGGCUGUACAGAUCAGUAUCUGCCAGUUGCUGGGCGAGGUCCCGUCCCUGCGGGCGGCGACGGGCGAGUGGGAGCGCCUGUCCCGCGAGGCGGCGCGGCGCCUGUGGCAGUGGGUGGCCGACUGCAACGUGCCCGACGUGGUGAUCGCGGCCUGCGACGCGCUCGCCAACUAUAAGCUCGAGGAUUAUAAACUUAUUGAUGUGCCUGAGAUAUACAGGAAGACAGUGAAAUUACCAGCCUCGUACUGCAAGACUCCUGCAGACGCGGCCAGGAAACCUGAAGAAGUACUAGAUUAUAUACCUUGUGAAAUCUGGCCAGAAGUAUUUAAGUACACGAACCAAGCAGCGUUAGCGGGCGUUCAGAGGCUGGCGGGCCGCAACAUAGAGCGCGAGCUGCGCGGGUACCGGAGCGGCCAGUACCAGCUCGACCCGCGCCAGGAGCCCGCCGCCCUGCUGCACCUGCCGCCCAGCAGCGUCGCCCGGGGACUCGUCCACUGCUUCCGGAAACAGGCUAUAUCUCCCUCAUACGAGUUCCCAGACAUAGUGCUACUGUCGAUACUGCGUGCGCUGACCAUGGAAUACCCGAAGCCACUGCCACCCUUCGACGUCUGCUUCCUGCCAGAGGUAUUCCACCGCGGCAGUGACUGGCGACGUGGCUGCGUUACAUUGGCGGCGAGACAGGCGCAAGUGUCGCAAUCUGCCCGGAGGAUACUUGAGAAUUAUUUACAGGGCGUCACUGCUGGAACUGCUGAGGAAACAGACGUGCUCCUAAUCUUCGAGAUCCUACCCAUCUUAUGUCGAGGGAUGCCACCGAACGCUCUCCGCCCUCCUCUAGAAAGAUGUCUAGCCGACUCGUUUGCAGAAAUAUCUCAUGUCAAAGCGAAAUCUAAAGGAGAAGAGAAAGAAUACUUGUUUAUAAAGCAGAUGGAGUGCAUCCGCCAGUGCUUGGACUGUGACAAGAUACACGAUGCCAAUAGAACCCUGCUGUCUCAAAUCGUCGAGCAUUACUUCUCGGAAAUGAAUGAUGAUAAUGUUGCCUGGCCAACCUACAUAUCGACAUGCUGCGCUCUAUCCAGUAAGUACCUGGAGCGUAUGUCGUCCCCCAGUGGGUGGUGGGAACUGUCCCCCAGCCUGCUACGUAAGGCGGCGUCACUAAGAUCCGCCCUGGCCACUAUGACGGACUGUGAGGCGCCCCUCAACUGGCUCAAUGAGAUCAUUGAUGCACAGGCUAUGGAGAUCACCGAGCAGGAGUUCUCCGUGGGCUGCCUGGUCCCCGCGCUGCAGGCGGCCGACCCUGACUCCGGCCACUGCGCGGACUGGAUGCUGCAGCUCAUGGGCCGCACGCAGGUCGCCUUCAAUGAGACGGAAGACAAGUCAGCGAAGCAGUACCUGUGCGACGUGUUCAUGGUCUGCGUGAUAGUAUUCAGCGGCGUGUGGAGCGUGGCGGGCGACGCCGUGGCGGCGGGCCGCGCCACGGCGGGCCGGGUCACGGCGGGCCGGGCCACGGGCCGCGCCGCGCGCCAGGAGCUGCUGCCGCCCGCCGUCGCCAGCUUACUGGCCAGGCCCGCCUGGCAGCCCUGUGCGCUACAGUUACUGGAGUGGCUGUGCCACUCGCGCACGGCCUGCGACAGCGGCGCGGCGGCGGCCUGCCAGCGCGGCCUGCUGGCGGCGCGCCACGCCGCGCCCUUCGCCACGCACCAUAUAUGGACACGACUGGAAAGUCACUUCGGCCGAGACAUUAUUAUAGACGAAUAAACAUCAAACAUUAUGUGUGUAUAUAAUACGCACCAUUUUACAUAAACGACUGAAUAACAUAAUUAUAAACAUUUAUGUUGACGAAGUAUAAUAUGAUUAUAAUCUAGUCAAAUAAACCUGAAUCCUUAAGUGUAUGACUGUAUGUAUAUGUAAAACUUCUUUAUCUUGAACCAGUUAGCCCUAAUCAUUAAGAACCAUGCUGUGAAUGGGCCGGCACGACGACGGGAGUGAUACCACGAACACGGGCUUACAAAAAAAAAACAACGUGUAACAACGCUACGCUUACCAAGGCAGCUAUAUAACUUGACAUGUCCUCUGUCCCCUAGACGGGAUAGAAGACGUCUAUAGAGGUUCUUCAUACUGGUCUUGAACUUCCUGCUUUACUUCGCCUCAUGUCAUUCCGAUGCCCGUCGCUCCUGCCAUCACAGUACGCCGCCAGGUUUGCCAAAGAUUGCUACGCUUCGGGAUUCCACUCCAAUGCUUGGUCAGGGAUGCAGUCGCGAUUUCUUCGAAGCCUCUCGUUCUUCAUUCAAUAUGGAAUUAUGUAGUGACACACCUUUGGACGGAGUUUAUGGAGUUUCUUGCCCGUUCUUCUCUACUCGAGUGUGUGCGUUACCCACACUAAAUGUUGUCAAAAAAACUAAUUAUCUAUAAGAUUUAAAUGACCAAUUUAAAUCUUAUAGAUAAUUAGUUGUGCGGCUUCUGUAAUUGUUGCGCACAUUUUUAAAUUUGUUGCGCUUAUAGUUUUUUAAUUAUUUAAAAAAUCAUGUUCUACGGGGGUAACGUUAUCCCAACCACACCUAUUUCUUUAUUACGGGGUACGUUUUUGUACCGGGUAACGUUUACGUACGUACGGGGUAACGUUUAUAACUUCGCAAACGAAGGUUUUUUUUGUGUGUAUAAUACAUGCAUAUUGCACCCGUGCGAAGCCGGGGCGGGUCGCUAGUUAAACAUAAAUAAAACGUAAUAAGACCUUCAAACCUAAAUAAAGGUUCUGUGUAAAACUACUUACGUCAUACAUUUUAGAAUUUGGUUUAAAUUAUUGUAUUUUUCUUUUUAUAAAUGUUAACUGUGAACCUGCGUAACUUGUAUUGUAUUAAUAUAAGAUUUGUUUGUAAUAAUAAUGUU